AUGCCACAAAGUCCGACUGGUGCUUCCUCUCCACUUCAGACUUACGCCCGCACUUGCUCUUCCUGUCGACAGCGAAAAGUUAAAUGUGACCGACAACGGCCUUGUAUCAACUGCAGUCGCUCGGGCGUAGAAUGCACCUACCCCCCUGGACGCGGCAGAGCUCCUAAGCGGCCCCGCAAUGCUGUGAACGCGCAGUUGUCACACCGAUUAACCAGACUCGAGUCUAUUAUAAGGAGUUUUGAGUACCAUCAGAAUCAGGAAAGCUCAACUCCUGAUUCUGCAGCUCCAGUCACGAUAUCGUCCCAAGCAGACAGCAGAGUGUCAGAAACUUCCCGUAUCCCAUUUGUCCCCCGCACGAGCAAUUCAGACUCAGGGAGUUCAAUCGAGCAGCAUCUAGGCCGCCUAUUGAUAGAUGAAACACGGAGCUAUUAUGUCAGUAAUGUGCUCUGGGCGAAUCUGGGUGAUGAGAUUGCAGAACUGCGAGAUCUACUACAUGAGCCCUUCGAAGAAGAGGAUACUGCAUUUUCGGAGGAGUCCGUUCCAGACCGACCCUUGCCCACGGGAUCCAAUGCUGCAAUAUUGGGGUUUCGGGCUCUGGCUCAUUCGCUUCAUCCCUAUCAUCCACCCUUGACUGAGUCGGUAACCCUUUUCGGGGUGUUUCAGGAGAACGUUUCUCCGAUGGUGCGUGUUUUCCACAUGCCCACGUUAGUUCGCAACUAUUGGGAUGCGGUUGCGUCUCUUGAAUCGCUCGAUAAGGAUACCGAAGCACUUUUAUUCGCCAUAUAUUACUCUGCAGUAAUAAGCAUGGAGCCCGAGCAGUGCCUAAGAACUAUUGGCGUCCCCAAGGCACAUGCUUCAGAAACCUAUCUGUUCGCCAUAGAACAGGCCUUGGCCCGUGCUGACCUGCUAAAUACGCAAAGCGUCACGCUAUUGCAAGCCGCUGUGCUGUUCCUUUUCGCGCUACGCAACGAAGAUGAUUCCCGGACCGUCUGGUCACUCACAGCACUCAUCUUUCACAUCGCACAAGCUAUGGGUCUCCACCGCGAUGGCAUCGUGUUUGGGCUCAAGCCUAUGGAGACAGAGCUACGCCGGCGACUGUGGUGGCACAUUUGUCUUCUAGAUGCUCGCUCAUCAGAGUACCAUGGCUGCGAGCCAAUUGUGCGGGACUCGGCCUUUGACACGAAGCUACCGCUUAAUGUUGAAGAUGCUGACCUGACUGCCGACAUGAGCGAGCUACCCAUUGAGAGGGCCGGUGUAACCGGCAUGUAUUUCUGUCUUAUCAGGUGUGAGGUUAUGCAGACAAUGUGGAAGCUUAGCUGUGUGGUUCCAGCUUUGGGAGGCCCGAGAAAUGGGACCGGCAGACCGUCUUUGAAAGAACGUGAAGCAUUAGUGCAGAACCUACACGAUCGCCUUGAAGAGCGAUAUUUACAGCAUUGUGAUAUCUCACAGCCUUUUGGCUUGGCUUCAACAUUCGUAGCCCGUCUAAUGGUUGCACGUGCGUGGCUAGUUGCACGAUACCCUUUAAAUGAGAAGGAACAUGGUGACAACCUAUCGGACCCUGUGCGCGAUCAACUCUUCUUGUCAUCUAUUGAGGUAUUGAAGCUAUCCAGCUUGGUUCUCACAAACAAAAAAAUUGCCCACUGGAGUUGGCACUCAAAGACGCACAUUCAGUGGCAUGCCGUUGCUUUGGUGCUCUCUGAGAUCUGCACUCGGCCCCCUUCGGCAGACUGUGACCGCGCAUGGGAGUACGUCAACACCGUUUAUAACAAUUGGAAGAUGAAGGAAAGCGGGAGAAAGGGUACCUUAUGGCGGCCUAUCAGACGACUGAUGGCCAAGGCACAGUACAUACGAGAGAUGCAGGAGCUUGACCCUGCUGGCAGAGGGAGACAGCGAGCACCGACCAAUCGAGAUGAUAUGCAAGGGGUCCUAGGCUCCGAGUUGUGCUGGGAUACGAACACGACAUAUGUGUCUACACUUGUCGACCCAACCUGCAAUGUAGUAGGGAACCUUCCUAGUGAUUUCUUGACGGGGAAUUUAGAUCCCUUUGAAGAGCUGUCCCCGGGCGUUCCGCACGUCGAAGGCUCCGCUCAUGAACCGUGCGACAAUUUCGGACCAAUGCUUCCUCUUCUUGAUGACUCCCAUAUUCCUGAGUGGCUGGUUCCGGAGUGGGCGAGAAAAUCACCAGGCAAUCAGACAUAA